GCAACGGGAAACAGGUAAGGGGACGGCUACAGCUUUGUUUGGGUCAGCAGGGUCCACGGACGGUCUGCAAACUGUGGCACUUUUCAGGGAGGAAACCAGAAACGGCAAUCACUCACGUUUUGUUUGUUUUGAGGCAGGAAGCGUCUUGGAGGAGGCAGAAAAAAAAGGAAAGAGGACUAUAAUUAUCUCCGACUGAUUGUUGUUGCUUUUUUUCGUUCACUAAGGACCAGUUUGGAGAAGAACGCGGGACUGUGGGUCGUUUGGGAGCAUUUAUGGGGCUGUGUUAAAGACACUGGUCGUGCUUUAAUCCCGAGCUCACCCUGUGGAUUAAUUUAACAACCUUUGAUUCAACACGGGAACAAUUCACCGUUUUCUAAUUGGAGCCAACAGACGCGUUCCUGCCGAAAGUUGAGAUCUUUGCUGCUGCAGCAUCAGUGAUGGGGGACAGUGACCCAGAGCAGGGGAGGUCGCUGAGAGGCAAUAAGAACCGGCCAAAUCGGCGUAAUGAAAACGAGGGAUGCUUUGAGAAGUUUCAGAAUGCGGUUUCCAAAUGGAUGCUCCCAGAAACUUUACGGAGCGACUACCUGGAACGUGCCAACUGCCGCCCGCCCCCGAUCUUCAUCAUUCUCAUCAGCAUUGCAGAGUUGGUGGUGUUUAUCUACUACGCUGUGUGGAAGCCUCAAAAGCAGUGGGUGACCCUGGAUGAAGGCAUCUGGAGAAGUCCUCUCACCUACGAUCCUCACAAAAGAGAGGAAGCGUGGCGCUUUGUUUCCUACAUGUUCGUCCACGCUGGUGUGGAGCACAUUGUGGGUAACCUACUGAUGCAGCUCGUGCUGGGUAUCCCUCUGGAACUGGUCCACAAAGGACAUGAAGUCGGAGCAGUUUACCUGGCCGGUGUCCUCGCAGGCUCUUUGGCCAGCUCCAUUUUUGAUCCUGUCAGUGCCUUGGUUGGGGCUUCUGGGGGAGUUUAUGCCCUGAUUGGAGGUUAUUUCAUGAAUGCAGUAGUGAAUUUCCGAGAGAUGAUUCCUCUUCUUGGAGUGUUUCGAAUCCUUGCCAUCAUUUUGAUUGUUGGCGUAGAUUUUGGCUUCGCCUUCUACAGACGAUUUGGCAGCCCUGAGGGAGGUAUACAGGUGUCGUUCGUGGCUCAUUUUGGGGGAAUUUUGGCUGGGAUGACCAUCGGAUAUGUCUUCUUCAGUGCCUACAGCCAAAAACUGCUUAAAGACCCACGUUUCUGGAUGUGUAUAGUUGGAUAUUUUGCCUGCUUAAUCUUUGCCGUGUUCUUCAACAUCUUCCUCUCGCCUGUAUAGUAGGACUGGAAAAGAUUUCACGCAAAGUUUUGCUCAGGAAACUCAGGUUUACUAGUCUUAGAGCAGCAUCUCAGUGAAUAUCAAACACAUUUUUGUCUUUUUAUAUUGAAAUGUUCUCGUUUUAAAGAUUGUAUUCUGAAUUAAAGUAUAAUGCUGCCUUGAGAUGGUCUGUAGAACUGCAGACCCCACCGUUGAACAGCAAAAGUGCCUUCAACAUACUUAAUCAACUCUUGUUUAUUUUAUUAUUCCAGAUAAGACUUUUGGAGAUUUUAAUUAAAGACUGAUUUCCUCAAUUCUUGUUUACCUCUAUAGUUCUUAUGUCAAGUAUUAAUAAAACAUCAGUAAAUGUGAGUUAAUCUACAAACAAAUAGUAAUUGUCUCAACAUUUUAACUACAACACUAAAAACUGUUUAUAAAAAAGGCAAAAAAUAGAUUAGUGUUUGAACUGCUUUUUUUAUUUUAUUUUUUACUUUAUUGUUGCAGAGCUGUUUUAUCUUGAGGCCUUGGCUUUAAGCCUCGUUCUUUCUGCUGCAUCCUGUCAGAGGAAGAGUAAAAUGUUCAGUAAGAAGUUAAGCAGAUGUUGGACACACCAGCUAUUGUAACUUAUCAGUCAUCAUGACUGUUUAUUGCUACCCUAAGUGAACUGUAUGUGCCAACCUCAAAGGCAACUGUGGUUUUUGCUCAUUAGUGCAGCAUUUUCUGUCAGGGCAAUGACCACAUAUCGGUUUUAGCGUUGGGUGUGUUAAUGUAGAGACAUAUUUUAUAACAUGCAUUUCUACUCUAAAACAUCCUGGAAACUUUCCAACCAAAGACCAAAAAUAUUCUCUUGUUUAGUUUGUUUUUGAAUCUUCAUGUCAUGAUAUUUAAAUAAAAAAUGACUGUCAGUUUUGGCUGAUUAAUGUAUA